UGAUAGCUUCCUAGCCCCGUAGCCGGACGACAGAGGGGUCGUUUGCGGGAAAACCGAGCAGAAAACUCGGGGAAAAUGAUGGUUUGAGCCCCGGGGAGGACUGCGGAUGAGCGCGGGGACCGGACAGUGAGUCUGCCGCCAAAAGAAGCGCUUCAGGGCGGGAAAAAGGAGGAAAAAAGAGCCGAAGAGAAGCCGAAAAACACCGAAGCUGUCCCGAUCCUCCUCCUCCUCCGCCUGUCUUCAUCCGAGAAAAACUCCUAGAAAACCCGGGACCAUGAGACUGCUCCUCGCUCGCCCCUGGACCUAGCCUGUUUGAGAGCGAGUGAGAGAGUGAUCCAGGAUGGGGUUUGGUCGGGAUCUGAGGAAUUCCCAUGAGGGUUUGCUGAAGCUGCAGGACUGGGAGUUAAAGCUGCUGGAGACGGUGAAGCGCUUCAUGACUCUGAGGGUGAAGAGCGAUAAAGAGUACGCCGCCCUGCUGCUCAGCACGACUCAGCAAACGGAGAAACAGGAAGCAGCUGAUUACAUCAGCACCGUCAGUAAGUCUUGGUCUCAGGUGAUCCGUCAGACCGAGGCGUUGGGCCGAAUCAUGAGGAGUCACGCUGACGACCUGAACUCUGGUCCUCUCCAUCGUCUCGCCACACUGAUCAGAGACAAACAGCAGGUGAAGAAGAGCUACCAGAGUCUUCAUCAGCAGCUGGAGAGUCACAACCACAAGGUAACCAGGAGUGACCUGGACAAACUGAAGACAACGUACCGUCAGCUGAGCCGUGAGGCGAACAACGCCAAAGAGAAGUACAGAGACGCUCUGUCCAAAGGCCGGGAAGCAGAGCGAGCUCGGGAGCGUUACGACAAAGCCACGGCGAAACUUCAUAACCUCCAUAACCAGUAUGUAUUAGCGGUGUGCGGCGCUCGGACACAGCAGGACGAACACAGACGGCACGCCGCUCCAGCACUGCUAGACGCCCUCCAGAGAAUGCAGGAGGACAUGACGCUGGCCCUUAAAAGCAUCCUGGAGGAGUACUGUGAAAUCAGCAGCCUGCUGACGGAGGAGAUCGUGAAGGUUCAUCAGGAGAUCUCAGCAGCCGUGGAGCAGAUCGACCCUCUGGCUGAGUACCAGCACUUCAUUGACGCCUACAGGUCUCCGGAGACGCCAGAGGCAAGCGUGGAGUUCGACACGUCUUUGCUGGAGGAGACAGAAAAUCUGCCAGCCAAUGAGAUCCUCUGGAACACACUGACUGCUGAAAGUCUACAGGCCAUGUCGUCGUCAGCAACAGAAGAGCUGACGCUGACUCAGCAGAAUCUGCGGACGAAGGAGGCGUUGGCUGAAGACCUGGACGCCAAAAUCCAGUCUAGUCAGGAGAGCACGGAAAGGAAGAGCGACUGUGUCCUGCUGCUCAGCCAGAAACUCUCUCUCCUCGAGCUUCACCACGCCGUCCAAUCACUGCGCAGCUCUGAGGCUCGACUCGCCUCCCAGAAGGCCCUGCUAGACUCCAAGAUGGCCACAGCUGCCAGCCCGCCACCGCCACCUCCUCCCCCCGCCCUACCAUAUGAGGACGACGCCCGCUCUGUCGGCUCCACAGAUAAAUCCAAAGAGAAAGGCUCUCGGUUCGACACUCUGAGACACUCUCUAGCUGGGAUGAUCCGCUCUCCUAAAGCCAUGCUAGGCUCCUCCUCCUCACAGUUCUUUGAUGUCAUCCCGACGUCAGAGCGCCCCCUGGCGGAGCAGGAGUGGUACCACGGUGCCAUUCCUCGCACUGAAGCUCAGGAAUUACUACGGCAACAAGGAGACUUCCUAGUGAGAGAGAGUCACGGCAAGCCGGGCGAGUACGUCCUGUCCGUGUUCUCAGAUGAACAGCGACGCCAUUUUAUCAUCCAGUAUGCUGACAAUCAGUACCGGUUUGAGGGGACCGGCUUCUCCACCAUCCCUCAGCUCAUCGAGCAUCAUUUCUCCACCAAACACGUCAUCACUAAGAAGUCUGGGGUGGUGCUGCUCAACCCCGUUGUCAAGGAUAAGAAAUGGAUCCUGAACCAUGAGGACGUGACGCUGGGAGAGCUGCUUGGGAAGGGAAACUUUGGGGAGGUGUUCAAAGGGACACUGCAGCGAGACAAAACGCCGGUCGCUGUCAAAACAUGUAAAGAAGAUUUACCGCCAGAGCUCAAGAUUCGCUUCCUGUCUGAGGCCAGGAUCCUAAAGCAGUAUGACCAUCCAAACAUCGUAAAGCUGAUUGGUGUUUGUACUCAGAGACAGCCGAUCUACAUCGUCAUGGAGCUCGUUCCUGGUGGAGACUUCCUGUCAUUUCUGAGGAAGAAGAAAGACGAGUUAAAGACGAAGCAGCUUGUUCGUUUCUCUGUUGAUGCUGCUGCGGGAAUGGCAUACCUGGAGAGUAAGAACUGUAUCCACAGGGACCUGGCGGCCAGGAACUGUCUGGUUGGCGAGGGCAGCAUGUUGAAGAUCAGUGAUUUUGGGAUGAGCCGUCAGGAGGAUGAUGGCAUUUAUUCUUCAUCAGGACUCAAACAGAUCCCCAUCAAGUGGACCGCUCCAGAGGCUCUAAACUACGGUCGUUACAGCUCAGAGAGUGACGUGUGGAGUUACGGCAUCCUGCUGUGGGAGACCUUCAGUCUGGGGGUGUGUCCUUAUCCUGGGAUGACCAAUCAGCAGGCUCGAGAGCAGGUGGAGAAAGGCUACAGGAUGGCGUGUCCUCAGCGUUGCCCUGACGACGUGUACAAAGUGAUGCAGCGCUGCUGGCAGUAUAACCCUGAGGACCGCCCCAAGUUCAGCGAGCUGCAGAGAGACCUGGCUGCCAUCAAGAAGAAGUGAUGAUGUCAUCACUGACAUCAUCAUUGACAUCACUACCAUCAAGAAGUGGUGAUGUCAUCACUGACAUCGCUACCAUCAAGAGGAAGUGAUGACAUCAUCACUGAGAUCACACCAUCAAGAGGAAGUGAUGACAUCAUCACUGAGAUCACACCAUCAAGAGGAAGUGAUGACAUCAUCACUUGUCAUUAUCAGUUUAGCCCCACCCUCUUAACAGUGUCUGCCUCUGUGAUUGGUGGGCGUGGCCAGUGUAUGAGUUCUCUGAUUGGACAGGUGUUAGGAUCUCUGGAGGCCCCCAUGUCUGAGUCCCCGGGGUCAUUAAACCGUCCUGUGAGCGUUAUCUCUGGCAGAGAGGGGGCGCUGCUCAGCGUGACCUCAGUGUAGUCAUAGAGGCAAACAGGUGGUGAGGAGAGCUCAUGGUACCCCCAGUUUCCUCAUACAGCGGCGAUGCAGCACUCCGCAGCGCCACAGAUCUGCUCUGACUGAAGGCGAGUGACGUCGCCCACUGGAAACGUGUUUAGAGCACUGUGCUGCGGCGUGCAGCCCUGAUCAGCAGGCAGAGGUCACGCAUCAACAGCAGUUGAUUUGUCAUCUGUCCCAGCAUGAGUCUGAUGUCAGCACCUGUCCAUGGGUGGGAACAUUAGGAGGUUAAAGGUUAAAGGAUCUGUGGUGGUAUGUAACAUUCUUUGGCUAAAUGUCCUCAAAAGUGAACUUUUCCUCGUUAAGGGCGCCAUUGUAGCUCUGUGACCCACUGACCUCUCAGUGACCCUUUGCUCUCGCUGCAGGAUGAGACGUAAUGUUGAUAUAGAAAUGAUUUACUAUCAGGAGUCUGCGCACUGUUUUAUUUUGAAAGUACCAGAUACUCUACACUUGUGACUUCCUGUUUGGAGCUUUCUGGACUUGAUGCAGUCUGGCAGCAGCUGGUGCUGAAACUAGACCUGCAGCGUAUCCCAGUCUGGCACCAGUGGAGUGGCGGUCCAGAGACGACACUGGAGCGCGCUCAGUGGAGCUGCUCUGAUAAAUUAGAGAGGGAGCGGUUUGCUGGUGGGUCACGGCGCAGCGGCUGGAUGUGGAGGUUAUAGAGUCUGCAUGUGACUGGCUGUGACAACCAAUGGCAGGCCGGUCUGUCAUCACCACAUCCUUUGUUGAACAGAGCAUGUGCACAGACUUAGACACUGGAGGAGACAGCCUGAGAGACACAGAGAGGCCGUGACGUGUCCCUCUGAGUCUCUGCAGACAGGAAGUCCUUUAAUAAUGACUCCAGUUCACAGAAGAGCCGAGACACUCUGUUUAAAAAUGGGAACAUUUUUUCUUUUGUCCCAAAGAGGCGGGAGAACAAGUUUAAAACUUUAGUCAUGAAUGUUGAGUACGUUGAAAAUCUCUAAUUAGCCUGUAGCUUUGUUUUAGUCCUCACAGACCCUCAGCUCUGGUAGAGUCCAGUGACAGUCCUGCAGACCCCCUCAGCUCUGGUAGAGUCCAGUGACAGUCCUGCAGACCCCUUCAGCUCUGGUAGAGUCCAGUGACAGUCCUGCAGACCCCCUCAGCUCUGGUAGAGUCCAGUGACAGUCCUGCAGACCCCCUCAGCUCUGGUAGAGUCCAGUGACAGUCCUGCAGACCCCCUCAGCUCUGGUAGAGUCCAGUGACAGUCCUGCAGACCCCCUCAGCUCUGGUAGAGUCCAGUGACAGUCCUGCAGACCCCUUCAGCUCUGGUAGAGUCCAGUGACAGUCCUGCAGACCCCCUCAGCUCUGGUAGAGUCCAGUGACAGUCCUGCAGACCCCCUCAGGUUCUUAAAGCCCGGCUGUCCUGACCGUGGAGUGCAGGGCUGAUGUUUGAUGAGGACUAGAUGGUUAGAAAUGUGGGAGAGUUAAUGAGCGGAGCAUUUGAUUGGAUGUCGUCAGGGUAAUGGUCUCUCUGGCUGGGGUCAGUCUCACCAGUCUGGGUUUAAAAAGGAGAGUUUCUGUUUACAGUCAAAGAAACCCAGAGUUAAUCCACUCAGCGCCCUCUACGACUGUUUGCCUCUACGACUACGUUCUCUUUGACCCUGAGAGGAGCACUCGCGCUCCUCUUCACUGCCAGUGCCGUCACGUCCACACAAAGGUUUGAGGUCACUGAAGCCCUGUGAUGUCACACUACCCAGAGUGCAGUGUGACUAAAACAUUGGGGUGGCCUGGAGAGGUAAGUCUUUAUUUAAAGCCUUCUCUAGUGACAGACAUGUUAGACGGUGAUGGUCUGACCACGGAGCGUUUCUGUAAAACACUCAAACUUCAGACAUGAGAAAAAAAAAAAAACUUUAUUUGUGAACAUGGACAAAGACAAAGAUGAUGUCAUCAGGUCAGCACACACUGAGCAUGUCUGUAGCAAACACUACAUUCACAGUUAGCACCCCCAAGCUAAUGCUAGCCUCUGCUGACAGCAUCAGCUAAGCUAUCAUUUAGCUUCUGUUGAAGUGUAAUUUACACUACUGCUAGCUUAGCAUGGCUGUAGCUAGGUCGUUUAGCUUCUGUUAGCAUCUAAAUCACAAACCAUCACAUCAUGGCUGUCAGACAGGAAGUGAACAUAGAUGAGAAGGUUGAUGAAGCUAACAGGUUAGCAUCACUGCAGUGAUGGUUCUGACACUUUGAACUGUUAGCUUAGCAUUAGCUAAGCACAAGUGCUUCCUGAGAGAGAGAGACCAUGUGACCAUGGAUCCAAACUUUAUUAAAAGACGUGUAAAUAACAUUUUUUUUUAAUUAUUUAUUUUACUUUUUGGUUAAACACAAAAUAAGUGCCAAACUUUAUAGAGAAGCUAAGGCCACGCCCCCUUUACCAUGCCAACAGUAUAAACACUAGAAACGAACCAAUCAGCUGCCUUUUUUUACAUCUUUUAUUUUUAUUUAUUACGUUUUUACUUUUUUAUGUUUUCUUUCAACAUAAAAGCUCAUAAUCUGAAGAGACACUGACCUUUAUUUUGAAAAACAGCUGUCAAUCAUCACACAGACCACGCCCACACAAGCUCUUUUUUAUUUUCUGACCAAUCAGUGAAUUUAUUUGAAAUUUGUUUUUUUUUUAAGUCAUUCUAAGAUGUAAAAGAAUAAAAACAGGAAGUGAAAAUGUUUGUACAAUAAUUCAUUUUUAUUUUGUAAACAGAACCUUUGAUCUGAUUAGCACUUACUAACAGGCUGGUUGUCAUGGUGACCAACAAUGUCACUGACUCGUUAAUAUAAAUCUUUAUGAACUACAAACUGGUGUCAGCCCUGAUUGGUCAGCAUCACUUCCUGAACUGUGUGAGGGCGGAGCCUUCUUGAUGAUGUCACAGGUGUCUCCACAGCGCUGCCUACUGUCUGUAAAUAAACUCCAGAUGAUUUUAGCGUUUGUUUUUUACAGUCAACACUAAUCUGUCUUUGAUAUUUGUUUAAACUCUUUAUAAGAAGGUUAAUGUGUCAUUUAUUAAAGAAAUAAACCCUUUAUAUGAACAAA